AUGUAUAACGUCCUCCUCCCAACCCUCCUCCUCUUCCUCACCACUGCCAUCACCAGCACGGCAACACCCAUCGACCUCACCCAGCGAGAUACCUGUACGACCCUCGCCCCCUCAACAAUCUCCAUCCUCAACCUCUCAACCCCAGACACCCCCAACCUCGGCACCCAACUCACCCUAACCCGGACCACCAACCCCUCUCGCAACACGCAAACCGUGUCCCUCACAUUCACAAACAUCUCCACCACCGCAACAGGCUGUAUUCUCCAACUCGCGCUGCCUGAACUCACCGCCGCCAACGAAAUCGCAUCCGGCCCCGCCACGCAAGCCGAUAUCUGGAAAACAACACCCUGGGAACCAGCAAACGCGCCGACUUGGAACCGUCCUCCGGUGAAAGAUCAGAUGGUUGCGACGGCUAGGUUUCCGACGGAGAGAACGAAUGAGGCGCAGGUGAGCUGGUUGGCGAGUGGGACGUGUGUUGAGACGAUGAGUUUCUUGGUGGAGUUGAGUGGCUGGCAGGAUGGGGAGGGGAAUGUGGAUUUUGUGAAUCGGGUGGAUGGUGGGGAGGGGGAUUUGGGGUUUAGGUUGGUUUAUGGGUGUUAG